CUGGUGUGAGCCCUCAGUGCGCAGCCGCAGCCCGGGUGACGAAGAUGGUGCUCAUCAAGGAAUACCGUGUAGUGUUGCCGGUCUCUGUGGAAGAGUAUCAAGUAGGCCAAUUGUACUCUGUGGCUGAGGCCAGCAAGAAUGAGACGGGAGGAGGCGAAGGCAUCGAGGUGCUAAAGAAUGAACCCUAUGAGAAGGAUGGGGAGAAGGGACAAUACACACAUAAAAUAUACCAUCUAAAGAGUAAAGUCCCAGGGUACGUGAAGAUGAUUGCCCCAGAGGGAGCAUUAGUUUUUCAUGAAAAGGCCUGGAAUGCCUAUCCGUACUGCCGCACUAUCGUGACGAAUGAGUACAUGAAGGAUGACUUUAUGAUUAAGAUUGAGACGUGGCACAAACCUGACAUGGGAACAGUAGAAAAUGUCCACGAUUUGGACGAGCAGACUUGGAGGACUGUGGAGGUGGUGCCUAUAGAUAUCGCAAACAAAGAAGAAGUGGCGCCUGCGGACUACAAACCAGAAGAAGAUCCCGCUCUGUUCCACUCUGCCAAGACAGACAGAGGACCUCUAGGCCCUGAAUGGAAGAACGAGCUGAAGACAGACUGCCCUUACAUGUGUGCAUACAAACUGGUCACUGUCAAGUUCAGAUGGUGGGGUCUGCAGACCAAAGUGGAAAGCUUCAUCCACAGGCAAGAAAAACGUAUCUUCACAAACUUUCACCGCCAGCUGUUCUGCUGGAUUGACAAAUGGGUUGGUUUGACCAUGGAGGACAUCAGGCGGAUGGAAGAGGAGACUCAGAAAGAGCUUGAGGAGAUGCGUCAGAAGGGCGAUGUGAGGGGAACCUCUGCAACAGACGAGUAGAGGCCCGUCACUGUAGAUCAAACACUAGAGGCAGGCUGACUGCGUAAAACAGGUCCGAUUCGAGGCACCAGUGCUGCUCAUGAGCAAUGAGGCAAAUCAACCAAACCCUGUCACGAUGACGUCAUCCGAGACAUGUCCACCACGAUGAGGAAAUGGCCCCGACGUCCCGUCUUCUCUUCCUGUCUCACAUGAUUCAUUUGGGGGUUUGACAAGAUUGGUUAACAGUACUGUACAGAUCCUACCCCAAUCACAAGCCUCCUGUUCACCCAGAAAAACAAAAAACAUGUUUUUUGCGUACAUAUAAAAAAGAAGAAAAAAAUACUCUUUGCACAGAUCGUAAAUUGCCUGAAAUGUAAUGUUAGUUGAUUAUUACAAUGGGCUUUGUUUUUAUUCAGGUGUGUAAACCAUGACUCAGAAAGUCAAGCCUUUUAAAUUGAUUAGAAUGUUGUUUUUAGGUCGACCGAUUUCUACAAAAGAAAUUCGUAAAUGAUGGCUUGAGCAGAUAUUGGACAAUUUAUCUCCUGACCCCCUCCCUUGUAUUAUAACUGUCUCUACUUUAAUCCCCGUCUGCCCUCCUCAGUAUUGUCUAUACUCUUGUCCUGGUUACAAUUUGUCUAGAUCUCCUCCCCUGUGUUUCACUGUCCUCUCUGUCUGGCAGUCGGUUGGGAAUACUGAUGGGGUUUUUGUUUGUGUUUUUUUUUCCUUUUCCCCUCAUAUUUUCUUUUAUAGUUUUAAUUUCUGAGGCAAAUUAACGUCCGCUUAUGGUUCAAAGCAAAUAUAAUGCUCAUGCAUGAUGGAUAAUUCUUUGCUAUUGUUUUUUUCCUCACGGCAUUCACACGUCCUCACAUUUCAACGUGCACACCGCCCUCCCUCCGUCACAAGUGCAUGUGGACAACAACAACUCCUCAGUAAACUGUCAGUGCAUGUGUGUAGUCGCUGCAGUGCAGCUGCACUCACGUGGAGUGUUUGUGUUGAUCGAAGAGUCUGUACAAUACACCUGUGUGUAAGUGCAUCUGUGUGCUUGUUUGUGUUAUCGACUGCCUUCACCUUUAAAGGACUGUCACUCUCUGGACUGAGAUGGAGAACAUUCAGUUGAAUGUCAAGGCUUGUGAGAGGCGUGUGUACACGGCUGUGCUCUCAUGUCGCUGCAUGUCCUAUCUCCUUGGCCAGGGCUGUAACUGGAAGGCUCCCACUGCCUCCACAAAAGCUUUUUUAUUCUUACUAAAACAAGUAAUCAUGAGUCUGUGCAUUGCUGCGUGCACGAAUCAGGGUAGUUUUGUUUUUUUUAAAUAUAUAUCUCAAACUACCAUUUCCUUUCUCAGAUGACAGAGCAAGUGGGUCCAGGCAGAUCUGCAAUGUUUGAUGCAGUUUUGGUUUGACAAGCAUUCUGGGUGUAUAGAUUUUAUUUUUUGGGGUUUUCCUCUACUCUAAUUUUUAAGCUUUUCAUCUACUGUACCUGCAAGAAAGUAUGAGGUCAGUCUGAUCUUGAAACGGCUUUGAGAAAAAGAUGAAAUGAAUUUUACUCUUACAGUUCAGAUUGGUGUUAGAUGAGCUAGUACGAGCCUUGAUCUGAAAGCAGGCGAUGUCUUUACCCUGCUCUCUUUAAUGCAUUGCUUUUUAAAAAAAAUAUGGUGGCUGCAUUGACUUGAGGUUGUGGCUGUUUUAUCACAGCAAAAGCAGAGUUUAGCUGUCUUUUAUUUUUUCAAUCUUGUGCAGCUCCCGUUGGGCUCUAGGUAAAAUGUGUGGUGUUUUAUAUGAUCGCGUAGCUUAGUGCUGUUUUACCGGCGUCGAUUAAGACUUUGUUCAUUCAAUGAGGUGUCUCCAAAAAUCUUAGGUUUUGUUGUAACCUAUGUGUGUGUUUGUGUGUGUGAUGUAUGUUGGACAGGUUAAAGGAGAGUUGUAAGUGUACUUUAUAAUAGAAAUGGACAAACUGUACAUAAAUACACUGAUUUGAAUGGGAUAUUCACAGCUACUAGGCAUCGUCAGGUCUAUCAUUCAAUACUGUAACUUAAAGGAAGUGGUGGUGUUGUCGGAGCGGGUAACAUCAGCUGUGUGGACAGUGUGCUGUGUGUGUGUAAAGCAGAGCAAACUGUCCACGUGUUGUUGCUCAUACUGUACCAUGGUUCAACCGUACCUCAUCUGUGCUUGCGAAUGUACAGCUAGGAAAUACACGUGUCGGAGUGUGCAGGAUGUUUCUGAACCGCAGGAACACUGAUACGUUUCACACCUGCACAGGCAUGACACAGGCCCAUGAAAUCAUCGAUACACAAGUACAGGUGGAUUGACUUAAACAAGUUUUGACCUGCAUGCUCAACACUUUUUUUUUUAAUUCUUUACAUUUUCCUUUAUUUACUCUCGAUUUAUUCCCUGUUUCUGUUUGAUCAAUGCAGUUUUUUGAGAAGCUCUUGAACCGCAUCAGACAAAGAAGGGAAAUCCGUCGAGAGGGCGGCUCCUCCUCCAAAUCAAACUGGAUCCAGCUCGACCUCAGAUCUACUGACGAGGAGUGAAAAGCCAGGCUGAGUUUGAUGGUGAAGGGGGGCCGCCCUGUUACAGACGAGAGCGGCGGUGUGAUGUACAGUUCUGUAGCAUUGCCGGUGAUGCCAGCCAGGGUAUGACUGUGAUGGGAGGGACAGAAGGUUAGGGAACAGAUGGAGUCCAAAAUACUGUUUUCCCAGUUGUAAUCCAGAAUAAGCACUUGCAAAAUCUACUGGGGUUUUUUUCUGUCUUUUUUCUUUUUUUUCUGUUUUUGAAAGUCAAAGAUUCACGAUGUAUUCAAAUUUUUUUUGUGAUGAGGCAAAAUUCAGGGGAAUUAGUAGUGAAUGUAAAACAAUUAGUUCAUUUUUUUUCACAGCGGUCAAGCUGUGACAGAAGGUCUAGACAAUGGAACAUAAUGGAAUAUCUAAUAAAUUUGAACAAAUAAGA